AUGGAUUCUGGACCAUCCUGGGCUGAUCAGUGGGAUUCUCAAAAUCCUGACCCUCUCCCUCAGCCAGCUUCCGACAACGACAAGAAGGAGGAUGGGAAAGGCAAGUUUGGGAAGACAUUGUUAAGCUUGAAAUGGAUAAAAGGGAUUGGCAAGAGAUCUCAGAAGUAA